ACAACAUUCUUACACAGUGCCAAGUUUAAUACGAUACAAAGCUUUGGAAGCUGCUGUUGGCCCCACCACAAAAAAAUUAAAGACAACAAUCAACAAACGGCGGAAAGACAUAUUUAGUUUUUUAUUGUGAACACCAUUGUGCCUGUACCUGUGUGCGUUACUGUUCCUGCCGAAACCGACAAUUUGUUGCUGUUAUUAAAGUGUAUUGUCAACGCCCCCCGCAAAGGCAGAACGAAGACCAACAAGUGCGCUCGCACACACACAAGUGUUACUUACGACAAUCACACACGCACAUAAAAAAGGGGCGAGUGCCGCAAUUGAAAGUGAAUUGCAAGUGAAAAUAGAUUUAAAGUGGAACAGUUUCGGCGCUAGCAAAUUGUUGCACACGAAAAUAGCGAAACAGCUGUUUACCGCCGCACCCGCAGUUGUUGUUGCUGUUGUUGCCUGCCUGCGUGGGAGACCGAACGUUUAGUGAGCGAGGGAGACGAGGAGAUCGAAAUCUGCAUCUGCAUCUGCAUCUGCUUGGUGGGGAGUGAGUGCGAGCGAGAAGGCGAUAUAGAAUCAUGACCGAUCUCAACGAACUGAUGGGCUCGCCGUUUGUGCGUGUGAAGCUGGUGGCCUUUGUGCACUUUUUCUUCAUCUCGAAUGCCAUGCUGGGGAGCUGGGACCAUGGUUCGUUUCAGUUCUACAACUUUCUCUUCCUGAUUGCCAUGUUCUGGACGAUGCACAGCAAGGACUCCAUCGAAGCGGUGCAAACGGCGCUUGUCAUCAACGCUUCUAGCAUUUUCUUUGAUCUCGUCAACAUUAUUGUUUAUUUCCAUGGCAUGAAUGGCUGGGCCAUUGCAUUUAGCAUUAUUAACCUGAUCCUGAGACCAGUGAGCGUGGCUUUGCUCUACCGGGAAUUCAAUACACGCGGUGGAACCCUGCAAACGGGCUCCGUGUUCCCCACCAGCCAGCAGAGGAGCUACCAGGACAUUGAUCGACCCACACAGCCGACACCCACCAACUCGCAGCCGGGUCCGAAUGUGGCUAGCAUUUUUUAAAAGGUCUCGGACGGAGUGUCCUUAAGUGUCCUGGCGCGGCGAGGACCCUUCCAAAUACCUAGACAACGAAGCGAAGCGAUGUGAAUGUGGAAAGACAGAAUAGACUCUCCUAGUCAGUGUACGGCGCCAUCAAACAGCAAAAAUCAAAAAAUUUACAGUGAAUUAUGAAUCUAAAAUUACGAAUCUAAGGCACACGUCGUUUUGUUAAGUGUGGCGGCGAUGGGGGAGACAGCGUUUAGUUUUUUAUAUUUAAGCAUUGUAGUUAAUUUUUUUGUGUGAAAAA